UUAAACUUCGAGAUAAUUCGUGGGAAAUUCGAUUCAAAAUGGCUCGAGCCGAGAACUGCCGAGAAACAAACAGAAACAAAUAUUGGUAGAGCAUGCAGAGUUGAAUAACGGUUAUGUGCGCCAUAAGUGAUGGACGAUGAUGGAUCGGUGAUAGCAUCGUAAUAUUUGUAUCAACGACAAGUACUUUCAAAGAUCAACACGACAGUCAUGGAGGAGAGCCUCGAGGACAGUUUGCUGAUGGACGAUGGGGAUGGCGUCGGGGAACUGACGGCGCAGACGGUGCUCCAGGAGAUCGAAAACGCCUGGAUGAACGAGAGAUUCGCUCCGGAGAUCUUGCCGCAUCAGUCUGACCUGGUGGACUGCAUGCUGCAACAGAUCGCGCAUAUGGAAGAGAACAUCAAGAGGUUAGACAAGAACGAUCUGCGAGCGCUAGUCCACCGGAUGGAGCUUGAUCGGAUCAAAUACGUCAUCAGCAGCUACCUGCGAACACGCUUGGAGAAGAUCGAACGAUAUACGAUUCAUAUUCUGUCGGAAGAGGCAAAUAGAAGUCCGGAGGAGGCCUAUUUGACUCCAGGCGAGUUGCGCUUUGCUAAAGAGUACCUGGCCAAUCUGGAAACAUUCUUCAAGACAGUGGCUUUGCAACAUAUGCCACCUAACUUUCAGCGAUUUGAAGCUAACAAGUUUACCAUUAAACCUAAUCUGCAGGCGCAUGUGUUUCUGCGUACCAAUCAAAGGGUUACCGGCGUAGUCCUGCCUGGCAUGUUGAAUGAAGAGAUAGACUUUGAGGAAGUUCAAGCAAACUGCACGCUGAUUAUUGUUUUGAAAUACAAUCGUAAACUGAAACUGGAGUACGUGAUAUUAUAAAUUAAAUUGACUUCCA